AGUUUACCGGUUAUUGUCAAUCCACCGACCUUGUAGGUGAGGUUCCCGAAAGAGUGGGCACUUCGCAGCGCAACCAGGAUGGCUCCCCGAAUUCCAGUCGCUGUGCGCCAAGCGCGUGCCGACGCGCUUGUCGCGGAGGACGACGAGCGCCUUUUGGAAGACAUGCAUCAAAAGGUAUGGGGUUUGCCCGAGUCUCGCCCGGGAGAAACUGGCUCGCGCGAGCAACCGAGGAGGAAUCGUGCUACCAGGCAGUACACGCGAAAAGACCUGUACACCCUGACGCAGAAGACGAUUGACGAGUUCCAGAUAACGGGGCGCCCGGCCCUGGAAGCGAUCAGCUCGCACUACAGGCACAGAUCAGCGAUAUCAGCAUCGGCAGGACCACCUGCUGAGCACUCUGCUGCGUUAAGUAAGCUAGUAUCGGCACCAGUCCCCCGGGUCGCCUUCAGUGAGUGCGCACUUAAUAUUAUCCGUGGACGUUUCUGCUGUACCGAUUGUUGAUAGAUUUGAUCUACUAGCGUCAAAGUAGAGAUGCAUGCAAACGAAUAACAGCCUACUUUCGUCGAUUACACGCAGAUAAGGCAGACUGGCGAGCAUCGACGAAGGUGCAAUUACCUGCGUUGCAGGCACGUAAGGGACCACGUGCCGUCGUUCUUCCUUUGGUUUUAUGUGACAAUGGGGUUCUAGUUUCGUUUGAAUAAGUAGCGAGGACGAGGACACGCGACCAAACCUGCCUGUUUUGUACUACCGGGAUUUGUUGGGGCUGGUGGUUUCAGCGUUGCGUCAGGAGGAGGAGGAGCGGCAGAGACGGAAGGCUUUGCGAAAAAGCGAAAAGAGGGCAGCCGUGUCGGGCGGGAUUACCAUUCCCUUCGAGCAGAACAGCUUGGCGCGCGAUGCUAGCGCCUUCUCCGUGGUCCCAGAAAAUAAAGUGCCGGCGGCCGCGAGCUCUUCUGACGUAGUUGCCCACCACACUACUCCGUCGGCGACAAAUUCUUCGGUGCCAAUUGCCACCCCACCUCCUGCUGCCGAAAGUAAUGAUCGGACCACAAAGUCGGGCACGCGCACGCCACAGCAAAGUCCACCUGCACAACAUGAAGUUGCGCCGGGUUCUUCAACGACAACGGGUCUGCCACUGCAACCGCCGGAACCUCCGCAGCCAGAGAGUUCCAGUCCGCCGCGACAGAGCGAUAACAUGACCUCUCCCGCAUCUGUGUGGCAGAGCCCAGUUCCGCCGGCGGUGUCGCGAGGAACAGGCGGCUCGGCACAAAAGUUCUUCCCUGAGCAGUUCUCAGGCCCCCGCGCCGGUGCAGCACCGAGCAACGCGAACAAGCUGCGGGUCGUGCAGCCGGUGCAGGAGCAGCUGCGCGCGUCGCUCUCCACUGCGUCGCUAACGUCUCCGUCCCUGCUGCAGCAACCGGUUUUGCAGCUCGGAUAUGGGUUCAAAGCUCGCGUCGAAGAAGUUCCGAAGAAGAUCCCCGAAGAACGAGCCGUACGGGGAGGAUCACGCGUCGCGGAAGCAAAGACUACCGUGAAAGUCGAAUCGGAGGUACAAACAAGCACCGCACUGUCCGACGUGGAACGGGAGACCCUGAAGGAUUUUGAAGCACUCAAAAAGACGCUCGGCAAGGAAGCAGAAGCGCGGCUCGGCGGGGUCGUCCAACGCCCUAGCUGGGAUGUGGUCCGCGGAGGUAAGACGGGAACUAAUUCUUUGCCAGUGUCAAUUUCGCAUCACACACGAUCACGAUGUCUGCCUGAUGAAUAAAAGGCCAGCAACUACAUUGUAAUUCCAUGAUGCUGGUGAGUAGAUAUAAUACUGCUCUUGUAUGGAAGUUGUUCAAAUAAAUCCACGCCAUUUUAUCACGAAAAAGUAAUCAAAAACGAAAGGCUUCAGCGGACCCGAUAGCUCUGGGCCAUUGAUACCUGCCCUCAGUGUGGGUAGUGAAAUGCAGCUUUCGCCAGUAAAGAAACCACCAGAAGCACAGGAGUCUGCGCACGAUCUCCGUCGGGCUCUGGAGGACGCGACGCGCCAGAAUGCGCAGCUGCAAAACAGGAUCACCGAACUUGAGCAGGUUAGUACACGUGCUGCAUACGACCUUGGCAAAACACUAUCCAGUGAUGAACCUGUCGGGCGUUUCCAAAAGGCCGGGUUGCUCGGUCUGCCUGCUGGUUAUUAAAAUGCUUUGUAUAAUACACGCUUCGUUGAACAACAACAGCGGACAGAAAAAGAAAAUCGAAGAAAAAAAAUUUUGCAGGCCAGCAGCGAGUCCAAGAGUUAUGCCGUUGCUGAUCCAGUCCCAGUCGGGUACGCCGAAGCAAACAAGGAAGAGUUGGCAAAGAUGCUGAUUGAAGCACUUCAGAAGGAGGUAGCGCGGUUGUACGUUGCUCGCGCACCGUCUCCGGAGACCGAUUCUCGGAAGACAUCGACUGAAGGGAACGCAGGUCCCACACCAGCAGAACCUCGUCCGGACGCGCUCUUGCAGCAGUCUAUUUGGCAAGGCGGAUCGGCGGACGAUGGGGGUACUUUGCACGAACAAGUAAAAGCAGUGAAUCGGCUCCGAGACGCCUGGCAAGCAGACGUCGCGGCUUUGAAGCAAAAGCAUGCCGACGAAAUGCAGCGCAUGCGCCGGGCUGUGGAGGAGCGCGACUCUGAGGUAGUUGUCAAAUUUGUUUCGCAUACGAGGAACAUUUUCUUUGAGCCAGCCUGCAAAGCUAUCGUCCUCGUUCUUCUAUCAAACAUUGGUUGCUACAAAAGUUUGAUACAGUGAAAAAGGGUAAAAAAGAAGUGAACAAGCUGUGCUUCCAAACAGAUUUUCCGAUUGCAAACUGCGUUGCGCGCACACGAAAACCGUCCACCAAUGUCUGCGGCGCAGAACGAGGGACGACCUGUUGGGUCAACUAUGGAGCAGGACGGCGUAGAAGAAAUCCUCCACAUGCGCGACGACGCAGCUAGUGCUAAUGCGAGUGUGGCGGAAGUCGAGACAGUGAACGCAGCACUUGAUGCGAACGUGGAGGCAUUAAGCCGCAAGGUAGCGGAGCUGCAGACGGAUAUCCUGUGUAAAAACGUUCCUGCGAGCAGAUUGCAAUUUUGCGAUCAAGUGUGAUCGUGCGCUUUCUGAGCAUGUAUGUUGCGUUUUGUUGACUUUACAGGUUUGUAAACUGCUCUUGUACAACUACACAAGUGGCUGUAACGCGACCAGCACCAAGUUACGUAAAAAAAUAGUUUACAAACUACGAAAAUGCACUCCUAGGCGUUUCGUGCGAAACUCGCCAGACUUUAGCAGCUGUGUAGCGACGCAACUUUUUUCCUAUUUGGAGGAUGUGAUAGAGUCAGGGACGCUGUUGCACAGGAUUACGGAAACAUACCAGUUCAACCAGAUGCUGCUCCGGCGGAAUCCUGUGGUACAGUCUGCCCCAACCGAGCCGCAGACAGCGGGGUGGGUGGCAACCAGUCCUGGACUGCAGCCAAAAAAUGCGGGCACGAAAUCCCGGCUCCAGCCGCUCCCGCGGGUGGAAAUCACCGGGCGUGGCAGUUUGAUUCAUUACUACUACCCGGAGCAAACAAACGCGACCGGCGAGGAUCCACAUCCGGUCCUCCUUACGGAGCACGGAUAUAGCCCCAACAAAGACGAAGAGGCGGACAAGGAGCGAGGCGAGGGAGAUUUCGCCGGAACGAACUGCACUACCGACGAGGUAUUGGGAAAAUUAGACGACUUUCGCCAGCUCAUGGAACCGAUGCUGCAGCGUUGUGGUCAACGACAUCAAGCAGUGGAUGCAGAAGCGCCAGAGGUGACGUGCAAGACGAGUGCUGACGCGAAUAGAAAGCUCAGUAGGACGUCGGAAGUGGUUCGAGGUGAUGCACUAGAGUCAUGCACAGCUACGCCACGACCAGGCGCGAGCGUCAGUCAAGAAGGAGGUGGCCGGGACCUGAAUUAUCCUCUGUCGUCAGGUCUGCCGAAUUUAGGCAAUGCUGCCUUGUUCAAAGUAGACAAGUGGGGCUGGCAGUCGUGCGAUGCGCCCGAAAUCAGCUCCCCAUCGAAGAUUUCCUCACAAUUGAGAGUCUCUGGGGCGCCGCCCGAGCCGCAGCUGCACAAAGUUUUCGGGGGGAAAGCACCAAACCGAAGCCGCAGGCACUGGCGUGCCGGUGCCAGUAACGGCACUUCGGUUGCGCUUCCGGACACGUUUCUCAGUCGGUUACAAGAGGAUCCCGAGCCCAUGGCGCGGAUCGACAAGCGAACCCCGUCUGUUUGCGAUGUCAUGGGAAGCGUAGUCAUUGAGAAAAAUGCGGACCGGGCACGGGAAGAGAAGGAAGAGAAAAAGUCUGCGACACGGGGACCAGGAGAUGGCAGCUGGACCGGCAACGAAAAGCUUUCGGGGGGUCAACAGGAGGGAGAGAUGAGUCCAACGCGAGCGGAACAGUGGCAGCAAGAGCGAUGGAAAUACAUGCACAGUGUCGGGAAGGAAAAGGAUGUUCAUCUGGUAUCGUCCGAAAGGGAAGAGUCUGUGCUUCCAAAAGAAGUGGCUUCUCUCAAAGAGCAGAUGAAGGUGCAGAAUGAUCGUCUCGCGGAUGCGCUGCGCCGGGUCCGAGAACGACAAAAAGGAAAGAUGAUUGCUACCAAGCAAGAAAAGCUGGUCUCCAACGUCACUCAUUAGAAAUCUUUACGAAAACAUCCGCCAUGCUUGAAAAUGCAUAGAAAUCAUACCUGCAGGAGGAUUUUCCUUGUGUUUUUGUGUACUACAUGAAAAACCUGUGAUGCCAAAAAAUUUUUCUCAUGCAAAGUCUGCAAAUGAGUGGCUGUGACGAACUGCUUUCUCUCGAUACCUGCCGGCAGGGACAAUGUAAUCCGAUGAGGUGCUUUCUCUUUUUCUCGCCCACCUUAAGAAGCGCACACGUCAUUCUCUUUUUCUCGCCGCAAUAGACGGUGCCAAUACAACGUGCCCGAUUGCUGCAUUCUUGGACUCCGGAGGUAGCACCUCCCCAAGAUCCUCGUUGCAAAAUCUUAAUCUCUCGGAGGCUCUCGUCUUACGUGUGUCCAUGCGUACAGGUGUAUACUAUGUGGGAAAGUGGACUGCUGAACAAUUAGCGAAGAAAAAUAGAAUCGACGCCGUCCUUAUAUGAUAUUCGUUACGACGGAAUAAAGAAUUUAGACAGAUAAAGUAGUAGUGUCCGCAACCGCUUUGUUUGUGAGUGAACUCCGAAGAAGCACAGAAUUUCAUUGACGCAUACAUAGGAGUGUUCGACCCUUUUUCGCUUGAAUUUUGCGUCGAAUAG